GACAGAUCUGUCCGUAACACCGGCCCGUGUCUCUUUAAGAGCCUCGUGUUGUUACAGGAAGUGUGAGGGGUGUUUCCAGCUGAUCUGCACAACAGAAGGACCGUGAGUCCGAGCGCGGCUCAGUCCGACCGACCCGCUCCGCUCCUCGGCUUCCUCAGCCCAGCGGCCCCCGGCAGGUCUGCAGCCCGAACACUGAGCAUCUUAUCGGGGAUUGAGUCCAGGUGUCCUCCGCUCUCUUUCACCUCCAGCCGCCUCUCAGCUGCCGUGAACCGGAGCCGUCGGUAGCUGUCAGCCCGGACUGUCAUGAUCCCGGCCCGGAGAUGGCGUCCUUCCCCGGUUUGUGUAAGACUGUCAGGCCCGCGGAGGAGGAGAACGGAGAGCUGGACGGAUCCCUGCAGCAGAUGCUGAAGGCCAUCGCCGACGAGAGGAACCGACUGAACAUCCGGCAGGAGAUCAGCGGACUCGGUUGUUUUAAGGAUGACCGCAUCGUGUUCUGGACCUGGAUGUUCUCCACGUACUUCAUGGAGAAGUGGGCUCCUCGGCAGGACGACAUGCUGUUCUACGUCCGCAGGAAACUCGCCUACGUCAGCGCCGACAACACCGAGGGCAAAAAGGUGGAGGUGGAGGUUUACAGGAGAGACUCCAAGAAGCUGCCGGGCCUCGGUGACCCAGACAUCGACUGGGAGGAGAGCGUCUACCUGAACCUCAUCCUGCAGAAGCUGGACUACGUGGUGACGUGUGCCGUCUGCACGCGCUCAGACGCAGGAGACAUCCACAUCCACAAGAAGAAAUGUCAGGAAGUGUUUGCGUCUCCCAGCAAACACGCCAUGGACAGCAAAGGAGAGGAGUCCAAGAUGAGCUACCCCAACAUCUUCUUCAUGAUCGACAACUUUGAGGAGGUGUUCAGUGACAUGACGGUGGGCGAGGGGGAGAUGGUCUGUGUGGAGCUGGUGGCCAGCGACAAGAGCAACACCUUCCAGGGAGUCAUCUUCCAGGGCUCGAUCCGCUACGAGGCCCUGAAGAAGGUCUACGACAACCGGGUGAGCGUCGCGGCUAAGAUGGCCCAGCGGAUGUCGUUUGGUUUCUACAAGUACAACAACAUGGAGUUUGUGAGGAUGAAGGGGCCGCAGGGCAAAGGUCACGCUGAGAUGGCCGUCAGCAGGGUGCCGACAGGUGACACCUCGCCCUGCGGCACCGAGGAGGACCAGGUGUCACCUCUGCACGAGAGGGUGACGUCCUUCAGCACGCCACCGACUCCAGAGAGAAACCGUCCCUCGUUCUUCUCGCCAUCGCUGAGGAGGAAAGUUCCCCGAAACCGAAACGCAGAGAUGAAGAAGUCUCACUCCGCCAACGACAGCGAGGAGUUCUUCAGGGAGGAGGAAGACGAAGACCUUCACACCGCCACUAACCUCCGCUCUCGCUCGCUGUCCGGUACCGGACGCUCGCUGGUCGGCUCCUGGCUCAAACUCAACCGGACCGAAGAUUACUUCCUGCUCUACUCGCACCUGACCUACGUCACCCUGCCGCUGCACCGCAUCACCACAGACAUCCUGGAGGUGAGGCAGAAGCCGAUCCUGAUGACAUAGCAGAGCUGGAUCAGCAUCACUACCAAGUGCCUCCUGCAUCGGGCCCCUGAGACUACAGCAGCGCCCCCCGGUGUCCACACCGAGACCACCACCCACCCUGAGACCAGUCAGAGGAGACGCCAAACCAACCAGCCAUCCGAGAAGUGCCUCUUCUUCUUUUCAGUUCCUGCUGCGUCCGAGGUCGUCUCCACGGAAACGGGGCCCGGCGACGGGAUCACAUGACCUCGGUGUGAAACGGCACUGGCUGAACUCUGACCGGGAAGUGAAGACUGAGCGUUUUGUUGUAAAUAUCCUGCUGCUUUACUCACUGAGACGCCUCGACUGACCCGACACGGUUCUGUUUUUAAAACGUCUACGACCACGUGACAGGAAACGCUUUUCUACGACAGGAAGUGGUCGUAAACGCCGGAUUCACUCCUGACAGCAGACGUGACAUCAUCAACCAGCCGCUCCACUUCUUUUUAUUCACUAAUUAACACUUGUUUUUCUUAAUUACUCGUCAUAACUUUGGUUCUGGAAGAGAAGCACACGAGAAUCUGUCAGCAGCUGUUUAAAGACUCAGAGUUUCUUUUUAUGGAUCAAUAAACCAAAACACGAGUCAGCGCUUCAGUUUGAACUGGAACCGAGUUUAAAAUCGUCUCAACAGUUCAGACGACUUCAGGAGGUCGAAGAACGCCGAGAAGAAAACUGAAGUUAAUAAAUGUAAACAGAGAAAUGUUCAAACGCUCUGACAGCUCGUUAGUCUGAAUCAGCUCGUUAAAGACUCUUCUUCUUCUUCUUCUUCUUCUUCUUCUUCUUCUAGUAACAGCCAAAAAGUUUUUAUUUCAAGUUUUUCACUUUCUUUGGAUUUCGACUCGUCUCGUCGACCUGAGUGGAUCGUCGUCGUGUUUGAUUGGUCGACUCUUCACCUCCACGUUAAAAACAAACGAUCACAAUAAUCCAGCUUCAACUUUUUACGGCUUUUAUUGAAAAAACUGCGACUCACAAACUGGAAGUGACUUGAAAAAAAACAAAGUGUUGUCGUGACGACGAUUAAAGGGAAAUCUCUGCAGGAACAGGAAGUGACCUCACUGGUUGGACGGUGUUUGUUUCCUCUCUGUGCUCCUGAAGCCUUAAACUCUGCGUGACUUUAAUGUUUGUUCACUUCAAGAUGAUUCUUCUUCUUCUUCACGUGAGAAACGUUUCAUGAAUCGAGUCUUAACAGGAAACUUUCACAUUGAGAAGAAAACAAACGAACUCAAACGUCACAGACGCGUGAAACCUGAAUUAUUAGAUUUAGAUUUGAGUUCAUCAGACCGAGUCGAUGAUUGUUGGAAACGUUCGAUGUUACAUUUCUGUGUUUUUGUCAUUUUCACAUUAUCACACUCAGAAUAAAAACCUGAACGUGUCUGAGGCAAAAACAAACUUUAACCCACAAAUAUUGAUCGUCUCGUUAAGGUCACCUGUGGCUCGUUAGGGUCACCUGUGGCUCGUUAGGGUCACCUGUGGCUCGUUAGGGUCACCUGUGGCUCGUUAAGGUCACCUGUGGCUCGUUAGGGUCACCUGUGGUUCGUUAAGGUCACCUGUGGCUCGUUAGGGUCACCUGUGGCUCGUCAAGGUCACCUGUGGCUCAGGUGUAAGUUCAGUUUAGACUUUCACUCCACAUUAAAGUUCUAAUAUAACUUAUUAUAAUAUUACAACUUUUUAUCGUGAAACUGCGACUUAUUUCUCAAAUUGUUGAAGCUUCAUGUCUGAAUAAUUCCAACGUGCUUUGGGAAAAGUAUUUAAACUGGUUUAGUUACACGAUAAAUUAAUAGUUUGAAUUUUGAUUUAAUCUGAUUUAAAUUUUGCAAAUCUGAAAAAAUCGUUAGUUUCUGAAACUUUGAUUUAUAUGUGAGAAUCUUUUCACGAAGUUUGAUCACAGUCGAUCAGCUGUUCUGUUUUUGAUUUCACUGAAGCCAUCGUGGAUCAAAGUCUGUCAGUGUUUGUGUCGUGUUGACUCUUCAGUGUUCGAGGCUGAAUGUAUCCUCGCUGAUCGAUCAGACGGCUUUAACUGAGGACGACUGUUUGCACUGUAAAACGCUUUUAGAACCUUUUUGAAACGUUUAAAGAACGUUCUGUUCUCGUCACGGCUUUUGUACACGGACUCACCUCACGUGCAUGUUGCCAUCAGACUUGUUACGUAGUGUCGACCUGUGUGUUCAGUUAUUUAUUCAAAUACACGUUAGCAGAAAA